CCCCGGCAGAGCCCGGCCUCUUGCAUGCGGGCAGCGGGCGCUGGGAGCGUCCCCGGUCUCCCCCGUGCUCCUUCUCAAACCCCGGGGCUCGCUUAGGAGAGCUUUCCUCCUCCUCCUCCUCCUCCUCCUUUUUUUUUUUGCCGCCCCCUCCUCGGUCCCGAGCGCGAGGCACCCGAGAUGCAGCAGGGACACCGCGCCCUGGUCCUGCUCUUCCUCGCCUCGCAGUGCGUGGCGCCGGGCGCGGGGCUCUUCCCCUUCGAGGAGCCCGACUUCUCCUACAAGCGCUCCAACUGCAAGCCCAUCCCCUCCUCCCUGCUGCUCUGCCGCGGCAUCGAGUACCAGAACAUGCGGCUGCCCAACCUGCUGGGGCACGAGAGCCUGCAGGAGGUGCUGGAGCAGGCGAGCACGUGGAUCCCGCUGGUGCAGAAGCAGUGCCACUCCGACACGCGCAAGUUCCUGUGCUCGCUCUUCGCGCCCGUCUGCAUCGACGACCUGGACGAGAUCAUCCAGCCCUGCCGCUCGCUGUGCGAGAAGGUGAAGGACAGCUGCGCCCCGGUCAUGUCCGCCUUCGGCUUCCCCUGGCCCGACAUGCUGGACUGCACCCGCUUCCCCCCCGACAACGACCUGUGCAUCCCCCUGGGCAGCAGCGACCACAUCCUCCCCGCCACCCGCGAAGUACCAAAGGUAUGUGAUGCCUGCAAAAACAAAAGUGAGGAUGACAAUGACAUUGUGGAAAACCUCUGCAAAAAUGACUUUGCCCUGAAGAUAAAAGUGAAGGAGAUCGCCUACAUCAAUGGAGACACCAAGAUCACCCCUGAAACAAAGAGCAAGACCAUCUACAAGCUGAAUGGGCUGACAGAAAGGGAUCUGAGGAAGAUAGUACUCUGGCUCAAAGGUGGCCUCCAGUGUACCUGUGAUGAGAUGGAUGACAUAAGCGUACCCUACUUAGUGAUGGGACAAAAGCAGGCUGGGGAGCUGGUUAUCACCUCACUGAAGCGGUGGCAGAAAGGGCAGCGGGCUUUUAAGCGGUUCUCCCGCAGCAUCCGCAAACUGCAAUGUUAGUCACUUUCACUUUAGUCCCUUCCACCAGCUGCCCCCAGUCCCAAGCUCUCCGGGCCUCUCGCACCUUCUCGCUUCAGCCUUUCUGAACCUCAAGAUAUAGCAGGCACGGGAGACAAUGGCUGUUUGUUUGGGGGGAGGAAAAAAAAAAAAGGUGGGAAAACCUACUCAAAUUUUGUAAAUAUAUUAAAAAGUGUAAUAAAAAUCGUGAAUAUUUUUGUGAAGUAUUAAAAUAUCUUGCUUCAAGCUUUUUCUUUUUUUGUCAUCCUAGGAAAGCUGGUCAAUUUUAUAUUGCUACAUUUCUCUAUAGAUGUGUGUACAUUAGAGUAUAAUGUGAAAUAGUGACUAAAGGCACAGCAUGAUGGCAGCUGACCACUCUGCCUUGUGUUGGCCUUGCACAUUGGGUCUGAUUUUAUUCUGAAAUGGCAUACCAUCUAGUUUAAUGCUAUAACAGAUGUUAUAAUGACUGCAUGUGGUACCUAUGCAUAAAUAACAGCAUAUUAAUCACUUUCCUAUUUCUUUUCUACAAACCUGAGCCCUCUCCAAAAAGGACCAGUUUUGUCACCAACUCAUCUAAAUGCAGCAUUUUUUUUUUUCUUUUUACUCUGCAAAUUAAAUCAUUUGUAGCCAAACUGUAAUAUACCUAGUGGUUAACCUGAAAGAGUUGUAAAAUAUUGCUUUACUCAACCUUGUAAAUACUCCAGAUAAAUGUUAUAUUCUUGUAUAUAAACUUUA